AUGUCCUACACAACAGAGUUUCAGGUUGUCGCGAAUGCCCUCGGGGAAUACACCGAAUGCCAUAUCUGUGACCAUGAGUUCCUGCGGGAAGCUAAUGGAAGCCAUCCCUGCGACUGUGAGGGGAAAGACCCCGAAUGCGAUUUCUGUGACCAGGCGUUCCUGUGGAUUGCUAAUGCAAGCCAUCUCUGCGACUGUGAGCCCGAAAGUGAACCCUGCGACUGUGAAGAAGGGCAUUUUACAUACUGCGACUGUGAUGCCAAUAUUGAACACCACAUCUGUCCGAGAUCCGGCCCUUUUGUUCCAAAUUGGGGGCUGGAAGGACAACUCAUUGCUGUCUGGAAGCCUACGCCUGGCAACGUAGCCAUGGUCACCGAUGAUACCAUCAAGAAUAUGGAGGCAGCAGUCGCGCAGUCGCCACUGUACUGCCCGCUUUUCCAUUCACUCUCCUUGGAGAUACGACAAAUGAUCUGGGAAGAAGUGAUGGCAACCACUGCCACAGUGAACCUCAUGCCAUUUCGGCUUUGUCCGCACGUCGAUGGCCUACAAGUCAAGUGUCUUUUCCCCGACGACUCAGAGACCACCGACGACUCAUCUGCAUCACUCCUGCUGGUUUCCAAAAUGGUGCAGAUGGAAGUCUUAGGGGUCUUGCUCAGCAAAAAGGUCGUUCGUGUGUUCAAUGACCAUGAGCCGCUACCAGAACCGAUGAACGAGUCAGCACGAGGGGGCACGCGGUUGAAGAAGAUUGGCUUCGGAUACAUGGGCCCUGCGGGAUGGGACGUCCUUAUGAGCACAUUCCGACCAUUCUGUCACCGGAUUCAACAAAUGAAGUUAUACACGUUUCGCGACGCAGGCUUCUUUGACACGCGUCUCCUCUCAAGAGAGCUCGUCCAGAGUAUCAAGGAUGGACAUGCAACCGUCAGAAAAGUCAAAAAGGAUGGACAUGUAACCGAGUUCCGUCUGUGCCCGCAGAGUCGUCUCAUAAAACUAGACCUGGUCAGCAUCUUCAGCAGCCUUCAGAGCCUAGAAAUUGAGCUUACCGACUUCCGGUGGUCAGAUGCCAGAAGAAUCAUGCCACGCUAUCCUCCCGAGGAGGACUUUGUCGAUGAGAGUGAGUCUGAGGAGGACGAAUCUAGUGAGGACGAGGCCGAAGACACAGAUGAAGACGAUGAAGAGGAAGACGAAGACGCAGAUGAAGACGGUGAGGAGGGCGACGAAGAAGUCAAGGAUGACGAAGAUCAAGUGGAUGAGGAAUGA